AUGAGAGCUUCAUAUCGUGGCCUGAACCAACCCCUGCAGACAAGGGCACUUCAAGCGUUAACAAACCCUAGUCUACCGACGACAUUGCCACCAAUAGUAGCCAGAGAUAUCGUAUCAUAUACCGCUAAAUCUCAAUACUCUUGGAUGAAGCCUGUGCGCACCGGCCGAUGCAUUGUAGUCGAACCAAUGAGCUCAAGCAUCGAAAUAACCGGAGAUGAACCAGAAAUGCCGUCGCCCAAAUUGUCUAGUUACGAAGUCGAAGGUCGAAAUCAUCCAGUUGGGGAAGAAACAUCGGAUGAACUGAGUGACUAG